CUCCUACCACCAACCACAGCACACGUACACCCUCCCCGUCACCCACCGCACCCCUUUCUUUCUCUACUUACUACCUUUCUCCCUCUAAUACCCUCCUUUACGGCCCUACCACACCCCCAUCGAUCGCACCAAUGGCCACCCAGGACAAGGCCACCAUCAACAACACGCCCGAGGCCGCCGUGGAAGACGAGGCUCCCGCGAUCUCCGUACCCGACGCUGGUGACUCUGGCGAGGGUGGCAAGCUCAAGAUGAUAAGCCAGCUGGUCAAGAAGUCCCUUGGCGUCAAGGACAUAGCUGCCAUGCGUCUCUCCCUCCCGGCCUCGCUUCUAGAGCCCAUACCAAACCUCGAGUACUGGCACUACCUCGAUAGGCCUGAUCUCUUCGCCGCCAUCAACGACUCCAACGAUGCUUUUGAGCGCAUGCUCGCCGUCGUUCGUUUCACAUUCACCAAGGACCUCAAAUUCGUCCACGGCAAGGUCUGCAAGCCAUACAACUCCGUCCUUGGCGAGCACUUCCGCGCGCACUGGGACGUCCCGCCCGUCCAAUACCCCUCGGACCCCACGCAACCGCCUAUCGUACGCACCCAUGUUGUGCACGGCACCACCGGAGGUACAGCUAUCACUGGGGGCAGCACCAUGUCUGUCCCGAUCCCGAGCGAGACUUUGAGCGUGCGCAGCGGCCGGUCGUCCAAGAGCACACGUUCCGCGCUCAGCCUGCGCAACACCAAGUCUGCGACGUCCCCUUCCACCGCCGCCACCUCCCCGCUGCCCGCGUCUGGCGCGCUGGACCCGAGCCUGCCCGGGCAGAUGUCCUCGCUGAGCCUCGGCGAAGGUGAAGACGCGGCCGCGGAGGGGGAAGACACGGUGCGGAUCACGUAUCUGACCGAGCAGGUGUCACACCAUCCGCCCGUUUCCGCGUACCACGCUGCGUGCCCCGAGCGCGGCGUCGAGCUGUGCGGGAUCGACCAGAUCAGCGCCAAGAUCUCGGGGACGGCGGUGCGCGUCGCGCCCGGCGCGUUUAACCGCGGUGUGUUCGUGCGCAUCACGGACGGCGCGGGCAAGGGCGAGAAGUAUCACAUUACGCAUCCCAUCGCGAGCGUGAACGGGAUUCUGAGGGGUAGCUUCUAUAUUACGGUUGGGGAUUCGACGAUUGUGACGUGCACGGGCGGAGAGGGAAGGGAGGCGGCGAAUUUGAGGGCGGUGAUUGAGUAUAAGGAGGAGUCGUGGAUUGGUAAAUCGCGCUUCCUCGUCGAGGCCGUCAUCCACACGUACGACCCGCGCGGCACCGAGCACGAGGCGUGGACCAAGGUGAAGCACGUGCCGCAGUCGCGCGUGCUCGCUGUGUUCGACGGCUGCUGGCGCACGCACAUCCGCUGGAAACGCGUCGCCAACUUCUCCCCUCCGUCGCCUUCCUCCUCCUCCUCGUCCACGCCCUCGGGCGGCUCGUCGUCGUCGUCCGCGACCUCGUCCGCGUCGACGUCCCCUUCCCCCGGCGCGGGCACGUCGACGACGUCGCUCCAGGGCGAGGCGGACUGGGCGCCGCUGGUGGACCUUGCGAGUCUACACGUUGUGCCGAAGCGCGUGCGGCCGCUGGGUAAGCAGGAUGAAUAUGAGAGUCGGAAGCUUUGGGAGCCUGUGACGAGCCGGCUGGUGAAGAAGGAGUAUGGCGAGGCGACGAAGCAUAAGCUUGCGAUUGAGCAGAGGCAGCGGGAUAGGGCUGCGGAGAGGAAGAGGGUCGGUGAGGAGUUCGUGCCGAAGUACUUUGAGGAAGAUAUCACCACGGGCGAGCCGGUCCUCACCGACGCGGGGCGUAAAGCGCUCGAGGAAGAGCUCGCCGAGGAGGAGGACGGGCCUGCUGUCGCUGAGUCUUCGUGAUGCACUCUCGACCGCUCACCAUACUAGGAGGCGUUAUGGUGUUCAGCUGCUCGUCUUAAUUGGGUUGCGGUGCGGAUGCACGGUAGAUGUAGCUAUAGUGACGAAUUACAUACGAUGGUUAUGGACGGUUAUGAGUGAGGUGGGCAUGGUGGUGGUCUUAAUGGAUAGUGAUGUAGAUGGCGAGAUGGUGGUGGUGGGUCGUUGGUGGUGGAUGGUGGGUAGGGAUGGUGGAAGUGGAUAACGAGGAUGAGGACGAGGAUUCAGGAAGACUAGAGUUUUGGUUAGGUUUCGGUGGAAGGACGCAUGAUGUAUAAUAUUACGCGCAUACAUUCACUUUGACGGUUUGUUCUUCAAUCAUUUGGACAUGUGUCAAGGUCUUUCGC